AUUAGAACUUUUGUUAAAUUAGACCAAUCACAAAGGGGUUCUUUUCAGGACUAUUGUCAAAAUGAAAGUGAAAGAAGAAAUAUUUUGCAAUUUUUUUUGGGAAUGAAUUAUGAAAUCAUUUUCUUGGAAGAAGAAAACAGGCAGUAGUGUAAAGCGAUCUGUAUCAACAGCAUUUGAAGAAGACACUAAAGAUGACAAUGAACAGUUAGAAGGUGUUGAUUGGCUGACACUUGCUCCUCACAGAAAAAUUGUUUGUCUUGAAGAUGCUUUAUCUAAAAGUGCCAGACUUAAAAAUGAAGGGUCAUUAAUGGCUGAAUCUGAAAGGUACUGGGAAGCCAUUAAGAAAUGGGAUGAGGCCAUACAGUUUACACCUGAAGAUGAAACAAUCUAUGAAAUGAAAGCUCAGGUUUUAUUAGCAUUGUGUGAAGUUUUCCCUGCCCUAGCUAUGGCUGAAAAGGUUGUGAAAUUAAAACCAACAUGGUGGACUGGUUAUCAGACAUUAGGGCGUGCCCAGCUAGGCCUGGGUGAAGUCAGACAGGCAAUAAAGAGUUUCUCAAGAGCAGUACAUUUAAAUCCAGCUGAUGAAGAGUUAUGGAAGGAAGACUUUUUAUGGUCAUUCUCAUUACUGAAACAAAAAGCUGAUCAACAGAAAAUGUUAGAACAGGAAAUGGAUAAUUCUAAAGUGAAACUGACUGAACUAAGUGAUGAAGAGACAGUGACAGAAAUAAGUGAGGAGAAACAAGGAAUGAGUGAGGAAAAUACAAGUUUAUCUCCAAUGGAUAAACAUCCACAUGAACCAGAAAUAAAAUAUCUACCUCAAAAUUAUGUACAUAUGAGAGAUAAAUGAUACAUUAGGGUUAUUUUACUUGUUAAUCUUGUGAUGAAAGUAAUGAAGUGACAUUUACCCAUACUCAAGGGUUGACUCUUCUUCUAUUCAGCAGUAAAAAUCCUUGUCAAGUGGGAUGUCAGUUUGAUAUAGAAAUAUGCAGCCUGUCCUAUCAAGAAUGAAGAUGUUAUAUCAUUUUUCCUAUUUAUGAUGAAUGCCAAGCUCCUUGCACCUUAUAAAGAUGUGCAACAAUUACUAUGUAUUCAGAAAUUAUUUUGUGCAUUUAUUAUUGUGAUUUAUGAGAAAUAA